CACACACACACACACACACUAGAGGUCGGUUCAGGAUAGAUGGGUGCCGCCGGUGCUACAGUCGCGAACCCUUCGGGGAUGUAUCCGACUAACCGAGGUCACCAAAAGCCUGCUGCUGUCUUGUUUUCUACCCUGCGCUAGUUCAAGUGAUUGUCGGUCGACGAGGCCUGUAAGAAAACGGCGACGGCGAAUGACCAUCGCUCCGUGGCCGUACCCCGGGAGAUCUGCCGUCCUGGGCGAGCUGCGCCCAGCGAUCAGCCAUGGCGAAGCCGCGACAACCGGGAAUGGAAAACCCCUUUUACCGGCGCAGAUGGCUACCACGCCACGCAGGGCAACGAGGGGGGGGGGGGGGGUCCAACGUGCGGCACGCGUGGUUUCCUUGGAGUCCGACUGGCACCAAUCCCCGACCGACCAGCAAUGCCCAUUCAUCAACCAAAGUUUAUAUAAGCAGUCAGACGUGGCUUGCCAGCUCGGUGCUUACGCGGUCCCUCGGAAAGGCGUAGGUGGAAUGGCGGCCGGGGACCAUGGCGCACUCGAGACUGGAGUCCAAAAGGCCACGAUCAAGCGACCUCAUCUUCUAUCCAGUAGCAGCGAGAUUCCGAGGGUUAGAAAACAAGGACAGGUCCUCAGGAGAGUUUGGCCUUACUGUACUAGUAAAAGCGGCGCCGUCUCCUCUUCUCACGACAUCAGAUACGGCAUGGCCCUGCACCAACCACACGCAGAACGCCUCACAGUAGUCCAUCCCCCCCCUCCCUGGCUCCGUGUAUGACAGGCCAAUAGCCGGUAAUGCCCCGGCCGGAGCAAUUGCUCUCUUGGAGUUCCGUCCCCGGGCGCUUCUCUCGACUGCCGGGAGCCCUAAUUGACUUCCCCUUUUACCCAUUCAUCCCCAUUCAUCAUCCCCCUUUCA